CCCUUGGCAUUAGCCAUCAGUAGUUUGUAGUUCUCUUUAUGUAUUACAAAGCUUUUGUGCAAGUUAUGAGUAUUCCUAACUGUAGUGCUGCAGGUAGCUGCAUGCAAUAACAUAACUUCUGAUAGCAUCUAUUUUAUUAUGAAAAAGCUUGAACGAGGAGACUGAUGUUGAUCAUUCACAUGCUUAUAAUUUUGGAUGCUGUGCAAUUCAAGCCCUUAGGUACUGCUAUUGGCCUUUGUGGUUUUCCUAGUAGUUCCUGGGUUUUGGAGGAAACUGUGGUGGCAAGGGAGACAGGUGUCAUCCCAUGACUCGAGGACUUGAGCUUUAAGGAAAAUACACGGCACCUUUUCCAGCCUUCAGAGGGUCAGGGUCUGCUGUCUGAGCACCACAGUGCUCCAGGGCAAGCCAGCAGGAAAAUCUCAUGUACAAGUUCAGAAACUAUGGUUGAGUCCCAGCAGCACAUGUGCAGAGGAAGGGAAAUGUUGAACAAAAGUGCUUAUUCAAGGGCAAUGGUGAAAACAGCUGUUGGACUUUGGUGUUUAUCCCAAACUACCAAUAUUUAGUGGGUAGUUUGUGUUGUUACUGGCUUGUUGCACUUUGCUCAAUGUAAUGUGUAUUCUGUGGCCUUUUUAUCUCCUCAUAAGUGUAGAGAUGUUCAGGAUAUCCUGUUUAUAUUAAAUAAUUGUUUUGUAGCAUUAAUUAAUGCCUCUGCUUAAAUAUGGGUACGUGGUAGAUUACUUCAGACUUAAGCUGCAGCAAGUAGAUGUGGAAGAAGGCAGAUUGUUCACUGAACUUAAAUAGUGUUAUUCUGCAUGAAAGGAAAAUACAGACAUAGGGAAGACAAGCACAGAGACUGGUGGGUCUCUUUGUGUCCUUCGUGCCCUCAGAGCAAGUGAGCGUAGAGAUUUUCAGCACGUUCAUUAACUCAUAUCAGAUCCUCCCUCAUGGAACUGGCAGACAGCAAAAGCACAUGGCAGCAAAAUGUUUGUAUCGGAGACUGUGACUGUUCUUUUCCGUGAAUUUUCUUCUAGCAUGGUGAACAUUUGUGAACAUGGCUCUUUUAUUGCUAAUUACUUUUUUGCUCAUUUGCUAGACUGUUAGUAAGCCAUCCUUGAAGAAGUCAGAUGAUCUUUUGCACUCCAGGAAAGCUCUCUUGAGUUACAAAGGUGUUAACUACAAGAUACUGCAGGUUGUUCAAUGUGCUGUUUUCUCAAGAAAUGCAGACGUUUUAAUGGUUUACAAGAAUUCUCCUGCUGUGUGUUUGUGGGGAAGAUUGCUCUGUCCAGCACCAGUCCUCAUUGCAGCAGAGCAGUAGGUGGUGUGAGCUGGUCCCAGUUGCUCCGUUCCCAUAAGAAGGGUGGCAUGUUGCUGAUGCUGGAGACCUGCAUUUCCUAUGGCAGGCAUUUCCUAGUCAAAGCCCUAGAGUUGGUAAAGUCCAAGCAACUGGUAUUAGUCCUUGUUUAAGAGCUUUGGAAGAAGAAGAAACGGGCCAUCACUUUUUCUCAUCUGCUGCCAAAUGCAACAUAAUGGCCUGUUUUGUGACCGGUGCUGGAGUAAAUUUACUCAUGCUAAUAAUGUCCCUGGUGAGUCCUGUGCUAUCCAAGGAAUACAGCGCUUCAGCAGCUGUUGCAAUGAGGAGAUGUGUGGAGGAGCCUGCUGGGGUGCUGUCCUGGUAUUGCCCUGGUGGAAUAGCAGAUUGUGAAAUUCUCAUUUUAAAAAACAAAACUCAAACAAUUCUUCUGUUGGAAACAGUGUAAUUAUGGGUUCUUGCUGCACGUUAGUGACAGGGGAGGGCUGGCCACCCUCUGGAGGAGGCAGCACCAGGGCUGGGAGGUGCCAGUGUUCAGGGCUGCCUUCUGCUGACCUUUGCCCAUAGCCACAGGGACCAAGUGUUGGCUGAUGACUUGUCUGUAACCAGCCAGAGAACACUUAAUCCAUAGCUGGGAAAUGUCACCCCUCUGUCUCCUCCAAAUAAUUUCAAAGAAAGUAGUCUGCUAGUAGGAGCUGUUUGCUCCCAGCCUGCACUGGUGGGUAUGUUGUGCUACCAGCUUCAGACAUCAAAGUGUCAUGCUGAAGCGUAGGUGAGGGGAAGCAAGCUGGGAAUUAGGUUGACAUUGUUCUGAUAGUUAAUUAUUUACCCACAGCAGGCUGCUCCUGGUCUCAUUUUUCUUCACCCCUCAGUAUCCUGAGGUAAUAAACCAUGCAGGCAUCCUGUUUCUCUGGGAUAUGGCUGCAAACAGACCUGCUUCUUGUGCAAGGACAGCCAGUGGCCAGUUCCUGGUUCAAAACACACUGAAUGUUUGUUGAGAGCCACUGGAACACCAAUUUGCUGCUUGGGAGCAGCAGAGUUGGUGUAGCACAGUGAGAGAAAUACGGUGUUUGUCUUCAGGCUUCCUGUUACUGCAGAGACACUGAUCAUUGAAGGGAACUCACAAGCAGUGUCCGGGUUAAAAGCUGUAGAGGUUAAUUUAUUAGAAAAAAAAAAAACAGAUUAAAUACGCAUAAUUGGCCUAGGCAGUAACUACAGAGGUUCAUAAAUCAGCAAGCAUGAGAGGUAAGAGCAUAGAAAAUAGAAAGGAACUGUGCAUGUGGUUGGGGAUAAGGCUGAAGUUAGAAGGAAACUUUGGAUAUCCCAUGUGUGACUCCUCACGAGUGAAAUGCUCUUGUCUAUUAAACACCUUCCCCAAGGAUAGGAUGAGAAUUCAUUACCAGGCAUGGAGCUACGCUAGACAGCAAUCCAAUAAAUAUUUAGAAUGAAAAAUCUUGUCCUUUUAGGGUGAUCAGAUCAAUGUAUUGAGUCUGGCUUCACCCUGUGACAUUAGUCACAGUCAGCGUUAUUUGAAUCUGUUGUGAAGGACACAGAAAGUGUCAUGCUGUGCUGGGUGCCUGCAGGCAAAUGUGCGUUUACAAGCCCGGCAGUGUCCCCACCCUCUGCUCAUCUCAAUGGCAGUGUCACAGUCAGCUUGGAUCUCAAGUUUACAGGACAGCCUACUCUGUUAGCUGUACUUCAUCAACUCAUUGGGAAGGAAAACCCAGCGUUAGACAAGGGAACGGGUCUUGUCUGUGCAGCCACAGGAGAGGAGCUGGGUGCUGAGCUAACCCUGUGCACUCUGCUUGUCACUUCCACUCGUUGCAGCUCUUUUCUGCCCUUAGCAAAAUAGCUGAAGGCUGUGAAAGUGGAUCUCCUAAAGCUAAGUUGCUGAGUAUCUUCAGUACAUGUGCCCAUUGCAGUGACAGUUGUGAGACAAAACAGAACUACUGUGUGACAAAGAUAUCAAACUGCCAUACUUUGCAAAACCCACAUUAAAUGUCAUGGUGUAGCGCUUUUUCAAAGAUACAAAGAAUGAUGAGCUAUUGUUAGCAGAGGAGAACUGUCACUUGAGUUCUACACAAUAACAUAUGGCAAUGUUUCAUCUUACUGGAGAAGUUGAGAGAUUUGCAGUGGGAUAGGUACAGUGUGCACCCCUUUGUUAGAAAGAUGCUGCUCUGAGGAGGCAUCUCGACCCCAAGCAUACGAUUCUGGGCCAUGUGAAGGGGCUCCUUGCUAGUUGCUGGUGGCCUGGGAAGGGAGGAAGGGCUGCAUUCCUAUGUGCAUAUGCACCUCCCUGGCUCCAGCUGGCUGGGCACAGGCAGCGCUGAGCAUUUAAAUCCAUUGGCUCCUGCCUUCCUUCUGGUGGCUGUUUGCAGGGAGGAGAACUUGUAUUGUUUAAUUUAUGAAAUAAGGAAAGCCUUAUUAGCUGUUACUCCUGUUUUUUAAUCUCAUAGGCAACAAGAAGGACUGUCUUUUUUACUCAGUGCAGCAGUAUGCUGGAGAAGCAGAACAGAUGGCAAGCAGAAAUCUUUGUGAUCCUGCACUGAGAUCAUUUUCUUCCAGUUGCCAGCUUGUUUGUUACUGGUUGAGGACACUGGUCAGCCUGCCUAAUGCUUUCAACAUGAGAAGAGUUUUAAGAAGAAAAGAAGAGUUGGCUAAAAAUGUGGUGCAGCUCUGGAAGCACAUCGGGACCUGGGCACGCCGGGAAGGAGCCUGCUACAGCACGCUGGUGCCCUCUGACGAAGUAACUAUUAAUUACAGGCAUGGUCUUCCCAUGAUAACUCUUACAUUGCCUACAAGAAGAGAACGCUGCCAGUUCGCUGUUAAACCAGUGGUAGCCACAGUGGGGGCAUUUCUGCAGGAUGUACAAAGAGAAGAUAAAGGAAUUGUGAGAGCAGAAGUCUUUGCAGCAGAUGGUAGCAAGGUCUCUGAUGCAACCUUGAUGGAGGUCUUACUGAUGAAUGACUUUAAACUUGUUAUCAACAACACAACAUACAGUGUGUCAACUCCUGUAAAAGAUAAGCUGAGUAGUGAGCAUGCUACUGAAAUGGAAGAUAUUAAAUCCUUGGUUCACAGACUGUUUGUGGCUCUGCAUUUAGAAGACCACCAGAUCAGGAAAGAGAGAGAAUUGCUACAAAAACUGGACCACCUGAAAGAACAGCUGAUGCCUCUUGAACAGAUGAAAGCCAGAAUUAUGGACAGUGCUGAUGCAAAGACCUCCAGGCUUCUAUGGGUUGGUUUAGCUCUGAUGUCAACACAAGGUGGAGCGUUGGCGUGGCUCACAUGGUGGGUCUAUUCGUGGGACAUCAUGGAGCCAGUCACGUACUUCAUCACCUAUGGGAGUGCCAUGGCUUUCUAUGCCUACUUUGUUCUUACUAAACAGGACUACAUUUACCCUGAUGCUAAAGACAGGCAGCUCCUCCACUACUUCUACCAGAAAUCCAAAGCCCAACAUUUUAAUGUGGAGCAGUAUAACAAGCUAAAAGAAGAACUUGCAGAGGCAGAAGAAUCUCUGAAGCGUUUGCGCCAAGCUCUGCACCUCAGACUUCCAAUCCAGGAAAUUACUAACAAGGACUGACUUAAUUUUGCAUUUAUAUCUCUACACACAUCCACUUUGCGAUGAGAAACCUUUCUGUUAACAACAGUGAGAAGUUCUGUGAACUCCAAGGAAGAGCCGUGAUUCCUGAGUGCCUCGCACAAAUCUUGAAUGUACCAGGAGCCAUUUA